UAAAAUAUUGUAAACAAUACGGCACGAGUAUAUUGUAUAUAAAGAAGACUGGCCUACGGACUCAAAAAAGUUCUGAAAGAACAGCUGCUCAGUAUUGUCAGAAAAUGAACCUAUUUCUUUUGACAGUAGCCUUCAUGGCUUCGGCCUCGGCCAACAUCAUUCGAGACGAACAGAACAUCUGCUUCCACGUAGGUGGAGUCGAAAUCUGUGGAGAUCCAUCCAUUAGUGGCAAAAGAGAUGAACAGAACAUCUGCUUCCACGUAGGUGGAGUGGAAAUCUGUGGAGAUCCAUCCAUUAGUGGCAAAAGAGAUGAACAGAACAUCUGUUUCCACGUAGGUGGAGUCGAAAUCUGCGGAGAUCCAUCCAUUAGUGGCAAAAGAGAUGAACAGAACAUCUGUUUCCACGUAGGUGGAGUCGAAAUCUGUGGAGAUCCAUCCAUUAGUGGUAAAAGAGAUGAAAUGGGCAAACGAGUAUUUCCUUGCUAUUACAUCGAUGGUGUUAGAACCUGUGUACCUGGAAUCAAACGAGAGGAAGACCUGACCCUAGCAGAAAUUGUUGCCAACAUCGGAAAAGUUGUCCACGUCAUUGACGGAUUUGUUGGUGGAGCCGCUACAAAGAGAGAGGAACAAGAUGGUUGUUUUACAAUUGGUUGUUAUAGAUAUUGCAUAGAAUCUGAAACACAGACCACUAUUUGCUAAAGAGAGGAAAGGGACAAUUCGUCACUUAAAAAAAUUGAGUAGAUUUACUUCAUUAAACAAUACAACUCACA